CUGACGCUAACCACAAUAGUAUUUCUGGUACUGUGACAGGUUUCUAGUGGUUUUGAAGUAUAUUGGUUGCACUAUGUGUUCGCAUGCUCGCUAAACAGUAGAAAUACACGCAAAAAUACAUAAAUAAAGUAGACCAAGCUUUUGGAAAUGUCUCAAAAAGCCACAAAAGUGGUUGUAGAACUGCACAUCAGAGCGGUGACCUGUCCUGGUGUAUUUUUGGUGGACAAAGAUGACGUCUACCUCAGUGUGUGCAUCAUGCGUCAUUAUAAGAACACAUUAUAUCACCCAGCUGUCUUCCCUCUCAUAUUAAAUGAGAAAAUGAGAUUUGAGAAGGUUUUCAGGCAAGUCCAUGAUCCGGCUGAAGUUGCUGAGCUCUUGGAAAGCGAAACUGUGACAUUUCAGCUGAUACAGCAGAUUCCCCCAGCUGGGGAAUCACUUGCAUACUUUGAAGUGGAUACCAGGUCAUUUUUAUUCCCUGAGCCCAAGCUGGUGCCCUCCUCAUCGGGGGUGGACAGAGAAGUGCUGAUGACUCGGGCUCCAACCUUUCCGGGAAUUGCACCCAGGAUCGAAUUUUCCACCAGAACGACCAUCAUCGAGUGCUCUGCCAGAUCAGAGGAUGUCAUUAACCCCGGUGUACCCCCGCGGAUAGCGCCCAGGAAGGCGAACUCUAAGAGGUGUGUGAAAAACGGCGGCGCGGAGGCCAGGCGGCCCGCUUCGUCCGCGGCCAGGAAGAGGACGCCCGGGGGAGGGCUGGCCGCCGGCGGCCAGAGAGGGGGCAGACCCCGCUCCCGCUCCCUGUCCCCCUUCAGGAACGUUUCUCACAGGAGCGCGGUCAGGCUCCCAGUGACAGGCCGGGAGGGCUCCCGACCGGAGCCUGAGGUAAAUGGUGCCCGCUCUGACAGUAAGCAGAGAUCCCCACAACAUCUGCCCCAAACGUCGGUCAAGAAGGAACUGCUCAGAAGAACCUUUCCGCUGCCUCCAAGGUCACGGCCUGUUGCUGAUUUUCGGGGGGUCAUAAAUCGAAGUCAUUCAUCCGGCUGGGCUCGGGAGCCUGAGGAGGCGGAGUUCCCGUCGCCCGGUGCCGAAGACCGUUCUCACGCCACGGUGACCCGCAGCCCGCGGAGAGGGGGCCAGGGCAGGAGCAGGAGUCCUGAAUCACAGUACAUGUGGGAGGAGAUCCACGAUCGAGUACGAGCCCUCCUCACCUCCACUAGAGCCAUGCGCCGGCUGGCAUAUGGAGCGACAGACUCAGAGAUCGAUGACGUGAUUGUGAGGAGAUGUGCCAUGCCGGAUUCCUGUCCCAUCUAGAGGGAGCAGCCUGUGGACCUGAGAAACGGAAGAAUCCAACAUGUUUGGGCCCCGAUGCAUUUCAGCAUUGAUUUUACAAAGCAAUAUUAUCAUAUUUCAUUCUUUGCGCUUGUAUAUCAUUGAUGAAAGAGAAAUUAGAGGAAUACUGCAGGACAGCAGCUGGUGUGUUAUUGAUUAAAGCUGUCCCUGUAAUGGAAAGUCUCCUUUAUAUUGACUUUACUGUUAAUUUAUGGAUAGAAUUGUAGAAAUUACUUUUCUUUUCUGUCAUGUCCAAUAUACCUAUAUUUUGCUUCAA